AUGUCUCCUUCCACAGAUGCUCCCAGGCAAUUCAGCCAACCUUCUCGUAAGGGUAAAAAGGCGUGGCGAAAGAAUGUGGAUGUGACGGAGGUCCAAGAAGGUCUCCGGUUGUUGAAAGAUGAGGAGAUCAAAGGCGGUGUCCUGGCAGAGAAGCCUUCUGAAGAGCUGUUCACCUUCGAUACCACUGGUUCAACAGAAAUUCGCAAAGCAUUCGAGAAAAAGCACAAGCCGCUGAAAUCGGAAGAAAUUAUUGCCCAGCGGUCGGUCAUCCCAGCGGUAGACACUCGCAAACGUAACAACUCGAAGGUGACAGAUGGCGUUCUCGAACCGAAAACUAAGAAACACAAGAGCGACUGGGUUACCCGCAAGGAUUGGCUGCGCUUAAAACAAGUCGCUAAAGAAGGCAAACCCAUCAAAAAGGACGUAGGAGGUGACUUCUAUGAUCCCUGGGCUGAUGCUGAAGAUCCAACGCCUGUGGAGGAUCCGCAAUUUGAUUUCUUGGAGAAACCGAAGCCGAAGGUUGCACCUGUAACGCUAAAGGAAGCCCCGAUUUCACUUGCCGCAAAUGGAAAAGCGAUUCCUGCUGUCCGCACGCCGAACGCUGGCACAAGUUAUAAUCCAACCUUUGAGGACUGGGAUGGUCUUCUACAGGAACAAGGAGCCAAGGAGGUAGAGGCAGAGAAAAAGCGCCUGGAGGAGGAGCGUAAAGAAGAAGAAAGACAGCGUAUGAUUGCCGAGGCCAAGGAUGACGAUGGUGAGGUGAGGUCGGACGAUGAAAGUGCCUGGGAAGGUUUCGAGAGCGAGUACGAGACUCCGGAUUGGCUGAAGAAGAAACGUCCAGAGAGAAAGACGAAAGCACAAAGAAACAAGAUUAAGCGACGUAAGGAGGCUGAGAGGCAAGCAAAAUGGGAGGCACAGAUGAAGAAGAAGGAAGAGCAGGUUGAGCAGGCAAGAGCUAUUGCUGAGAAAAUGAAGCAGCAAGAGCUUGAACGCGCUGGGUCUUCCGAAUCUGAGGGAGAAGGUGAUGAUACAGUUUUGCGGCGAAAGCCUUUGGGUGGAAGGACAUAUGCCCCCGAGCAAAAACUGGAGGUUGUUCUACCAGAUGAGCUGCAGGACUCACUGCGCUUGCUUAAGCCAGAGGGAAAUCUGCUCGACGACCGAUUCCGGACGUUAAUCGUUCAAGGAAAGUUAGAAUCUCGAAAGCCUGUUUCACAACCCAAGAAGGCAAAGAGAAAGCUGACGGAGAAAUGGGGUCACAAGGAUUUCAAGGUUCCAGGCCUCGCAAUUGAUCGGAUUUAUCGUCGAUUCUGGAAAGCUGCUCCUCCGCAUCAAAUAUCUUUCUUGUCUCCUCGCAUCGCCUCUACAAAACGCAAGACAUCGGAGCGGGAAGGCCAAAAUGGUGUGGUAAAGAAGCGAAAAACGGAGACAGUCGAAGGGAAAACCAAACUUGAACAAUCUCGUGUACCGAAAAGGAGGAAGAGAAUGACUGACAGCGCUGUUGAUGGAGACAAGGAUGGCGUUCAGGAAACCGCCGUGAAAACUAUCUCCCGGAAGAAUUCUACUGCCUCGAUUGCGCCGCGACCCGAAAUGAAGAUUGCGAAGGUCAAUGAGGGCCGGUCACCGACUGCGGAACUAGGUAAAUAUGUUGCGAUGGACUGCGAGAUGGUGGGAGUCGGCCCUAACCCCGACAACGACUCGGCUCUUGCACGUGUCAGUAUUGUCAACUUCAACGGCGAACAAGUAUAUGACUCUUUUGUACGACCGAAAGAAAUGGUCACGGAUUGGCGAACACAUGUGAGCGGCAUAUUACCGAAGCAUAUGAUGGAAGCCCGGUCCCUUGAACAAGUUCAAAAAGAUGUUGCAGAGAUCAUGGAUGGGCGAACACUCGUUGGGCAUGCCUUGCGGAACGAUCUGGAUGCACUUCUUCUAAGCCAUCCCAAGCGCGACAUUAGAGACACUAGCAAGCACCCACCAUAUCGAAAGAUUGCCGGAGGUGGUUCUCCCCGCUUGAAAAUGUUGGCUUCAGAAUUUCUAGGUCUGGAUAUUCAGAGCGGCGCUCAUUCUAGUGUGGAGGAUGCUAAGGCUACAAUGCUUUUAUAUCGGCGAGAUAAGGAUGAAUUCGAGAAGGAACACCUGAAGAAAUGGCCGGUACGGGUAGUGGUUGAGAAGGAGAAUGGAGAUGACCAGAAGAAGAAGAAAAAGAAGAAGAAGAAGACGCGCAAGAGGUGA